CCUGCCCCUCCUCACACAAGGCUCCCACCCACAUUGACUCAGCCUAACCUAGCAAAAGAAAGGAGCUGAGAACCCUGCAUGUGUAGUCUUUAAACCCUGGCUGCCAAUGCAAUGGCAGUGGUCAGCCUCUCCGCCGUAUUUCAUCAGGUGAGUUGAGGUGGCCUGGGAGGACCUUGUUGCAUUGUCUCUAGCCCAUGAAGAGGAUGGAGAGGACCAUGGUCAGGGGACCACUGUAUAAUAUUGAUUUGGAGAGGAAGAAUGCCAAGCAAGCGGAAGCCAGACUCAACCUAAGAGUGCAGAGACUGGAGGACAUCUGUCUCUACCGCAUGAAAUCACUGGCCUGGGAGCAGAAACAGCUCCAGAAAGAACUGCAGAGGCUGCAGCAAGAGAUCCUCAAAAAAAGAUUCUCCUGUGAUUUUAAAACUGGAAUUCAGAAAAGGCUACAAGUCUCCACAUUCUUGCCUCAGGGAAGACAGAAGCACAGCAUCCCAGAGCCUAAAACUAGAGAUAUCUCCUUUUUUUUUACCCCCUUUCCCAGAGCAUUGGGGGCCAAUGUGACACAAGAAAUACACAAAACCAAGUGCCAGAUGAAAGACCCCUUGAGGGGCAAAGAACAGCAGCAAUCUCCAAGUGGCAUCAGUUCCUGCUUCACAGAAGAAGAGAAACCAUCAGCCAGGGAGGACCAUUCAGUAACUCUACCAGAGGGCAUAGACACCAACAAGGGCAUCUCUGAUCCAUGUCAAGAUCAAGAGGUUUCUGCAAAGCAAGACCAUGGCUCCAAUCCAGUUGGUGAUAGCCCAAUGCCGCAUACUGAGGAGACCAGAUCCCUCAGUGCUGACCCAAAGCCAGGAAGGAAUGAUGGUAAACAAAAUCUCCAAGAGUCGAUGGAAUAUGCAGGAAGCUUCCAAGAUGAGUCCACAAACACAACCUACUUAGAGUUGUUUGCAAAAGCCAAAAAUGCUCACUAUCUCCGGCACAGGGUGCCCCCUGAGUCAGAGAGGUUGCUUAGCAUUCGGGAGAUCUUUGGCCAUGGAGAAUCUUCAUGGUCCUAAACAGGACUGGAUUAGUUGAGAAAACAGUUACAUCUAAAUCCCAACCUCUCUAGCUAUUAAUAUACUCCAACAAAAUUACAGACAAUCACUAAGGAAGUUGCUGGCUCAAAUAAACACAGUAUGAGUAUGUAAUGCAGAGAAAUAAAUAAACAGAAGUAGUGUGUGGCAAUUUUAAAUCCAUUGGGGUAUCUCACAUUGAGAGAAAUUUAAUUGAACAUGGCUAGAAUAUAAAAUUAAAAGGAGGGAUAAAUCUUUGGAAAAGAAAUUAAUUUGUAAACAUGGCU